AUGGCCAUCUUCAGAGAGCUUCGACGCCGGUCCAAGGCCAGCUUCCGAACAACCCCGUCUGGCGUCUCGAAACCCACCGACGAUAUGACAAGUGGCCAGUCUUCGUCGACGCUGGAGACCGUGUACAGCUCUAGCACACCUCCGUCGUCGAUUAAGCCCACCUUGUCGACCUCUAAUCUCCAGCCCCUCAGCGAAAUCGCCAGCGGAACGGAAACGCCCAUACAGUCACCGCCACCGCAGCGUCCGGUGCCUAUUGUCUCCCAAUCGAACAGAAAUAGCUUCUAUGCUGGAACCACCUCGCCCGCAAGUAGCUCGAUCCGCACUCCCGCUCCAACAUCUCCAUAUGCCCCCCGGAUUAUAUCCGUGUCUGAGAACUCAUGGGUACAUCAAAAAGUUCUCCUGCUUUACGGCCAAAUCGGCGAUCCGCGCCAGCGUCCAGUAGAUGGAACUGUUACAGUCUACCACCACCAGGAAAGCUUUCAUGCCACGACAUGGCCUGUUUCUGAGUCACACUUCAGGGCCCUUGUACAUCUAUCGCCAGGUCCUAAUCGGCUACGCUUUGAAUUCACUUCGUCUAAACAGUCUAUCAGUUCCGCCUCUAGCCAUUCUGCCUGGCAUAAUAUCAAUUGUCUUCCUCUGACCAAUUCUCCACCCCUCGACCUGGUGGUUCUUCUAGCCAAGGAUUCCCCUGGCACUUUCGAUGCCCUCCCUGAUCGUGUCCAACGGGAAGAAAAUGAUUUGGACACGGCAAUACGAAAGUACCGAAUGGCUGCUUAUCUUUGGCAAGCCUUUACCGGAGAACAAAUGUUUCGGCAUACUUUCGGUCGACGCUGCUUCAGAUUUGAAGAGGAGUGGCAAGUAGGGACUCUCAGUAAAUACGAUACCCAAGCAGGAAACAUGAAAAACGAGGCCAAAAUACACGUCGUUCGCACUGACAAAACGGUGGCAGAACUCCGGGAUCUGGAUAUUGCACAACAACAUGGCCCUGCUACCAAGAAGCAGGAACUCUUUCGCAUUGCAAUGGAUGCUGUGACGCAACACUUUCGACCAACCCCGGAUCAGAAACGGUAUGUUUCGGUGUUGCUACUCGAUUCUCAUUGGGACACUCAAUCGAAGGUCAUCACUGGUCAUGCGGCAUUGGGCUCGCAUGGCGACAAUAUCAAACUAGCUAUUUUCGGCUCCCACUGUCUCCAAAGCUAUCCGUCAUGUCUAGAGGAAGUCGUCCCGGCAUUCACCGACUGCACCAGGACCGAUACACAGUAUCUUGCCAAUGAUUGUGGAGAAGCAGGGAGCAACUGGGAAUCUGCCAACAUUGGAAUCGGUGCGCAUUUGCAUGAAGUUGGUCACUUGUUUGGGUGCCCUCACCAGGAAUCCGGUGUCAUGUCUCGCGACUACGUCCGUUUGAACCGGACCUUCACCAGUCGCGAGCCCUUCUCAACUCGAACCAAGUCACAGGGAUUGAAAGUGUGCAAGCCAGACGAUGAGUGUCAAUGGCACCGGCUCGAUGCUCUUCGAUUCAGAUUUCACCCAUGCUUCCGCUUACCGAGCGACUCCCCGUCUCAUCACGAUGAAAGCGUUCAAAUAUGGCCUGUGGAAAAUGGCAAGUUACUCAUCACGGCCUCAUCAGGUGUCGCUUUUAUCGAGAUUUACACGGAUGGCGACGAGCUCUGUCACCACUUCAUCGAGUACAUUCACAGUGAAGCACCGAAUAGUAGCGUCCCUCGCCAGGUGACUAUUACCGAGUCCGAGUUACGACAAUUACUGCCUCCAGAAAAGCAAAAGGCAAAACUUGGCCUCAAAGUCUUCUCGGGUGGUCUUGGAAAGCAGACGAUUGAGGAUGUGAGCAUUUUGAAAUCGAAAAAAUCAUCAAUCAAGCUCCCCAAGAGCCAAAAGGGCUUCAACGGCACUAGGCUAGGCGCAUCGCGAAUGGAUGGCAGUGAACCACAACAGAUCCUUCUAGACAGCGUUUUCACCCAAAGUAAAUUAUUGACCUCGAUCAAAGUCUACCAUGGCACGGCGCUAGACGGUCUAGAAUUCUGCUACGAGGAUGCAACCAGCCAACUCUUUGGUAAACGAGGGGGGAAGCCCGGCGGCGACGAGUUUAUUUUUGACACGCGGCGCGGGGAGAUCUUGCUAGGAUUCUAUGUCAGAGCUGGUCUCUGGAUUGACGGUAUCGAGAUUCUCACCAGUUUUGGAAGGAAAUCGGGUGUAUAUGGAAAUGCAAAGGGGGGCAGUGGACAUACUUUAAUACCCCCGCGAGGGUAUAGCAUUGCUGGACUUUCCGGUUCUUGUGGUUCUUGGAUGGAUGGACUUUCGAUGAUUAUUAUGCACUGA